AUUGUUUGCUAACCGCCAUUCAAAGAACCAACGAAGAAGACGAACACGUUGUGUGUGAUUUCGAAUUCUGGUGGAGGCAAAUCUCAGAAAAUUACGACCACAAACUUUCUCAACAAUUGUGCCCAGACUUUUUCAGAUUGUACUCGACUUUUAUCUUCAGAUGACCAGGAUUCCAUACAGACUGUUCUAACCAGGUUAGAGAUAAUGGCGACGAGCAUUCGCUGGAGCAGAGGGCGACUGCAUCAAUCUGGAGUGGUGGAUGAGAUGCUUUUGCUCAUUAGCGAGUUAGUUCGGGAAGCCAACAACAACCUGGUAAUGUACUCGUCAGAUUAAACAUAAUCUGAAGAAGCAAGAUUCAAAACACGAUGCCUCUAACAUUUUUCUCUUUAACUGCAGUUGCUUCUGGUUUCACCGUACCUCGAAUGGGAGGACAGACUGGAGGAAGGCCGGUUUACCAAAUCGCCCAAGAGCAGUUGCAGAUGUUGUUGUCCUUUAACUUCUCUGCUAAACGGAUUGCGGAGCUUCUGGGUGUCUCAAGAAGAACAGUGAACCGACGGUUAAGACAGCACAAUUUCAUCUUUUACAGACCAGAUGAUGCACUUGAUCUGAAGGUGCUGCUAUUCGGAGUAUGUCCCACAGGCUUCGGAGGAGAACACAUCGAGUGGCAGGGUCAAAUUCGCUGUGGCAUCUUGAUCGCAACCACAAGCUCUUAAAGCGGAGGAUUGUAAUCCAUGGAGGAAUCAAUGGGUUCAGCCGACUGGUGGUUUUCCUGAAGGCUUCUAACAACAACAGAAGUGACAUUGUAAUGAACCUGUUUUCGGAAGCAGUCGCCCAGUUUGGUGUCCCAUCCAGAGUCAGAUCUGACUAUGGAGGGGAAAACAACGUCAUUUGUCUCCUCAUGGAUGUCUUCCGAGGAUCAACCCGAGGGAGCACUCAUAAUCAAUGCAUUGAAAGACUGUGGGGCGAUGUCUGGAGAGGCGUGACAAAAAAACGCAGAGUCCUACGUAGUGUGGUCAGGUCUGCUGAGUUUAUCAUCGACAGGAAGCUCCCAGCCCUACAGGACACCUACCACACACGAUGCCUCAGGAAAGCUGGCAAGAUUCUAAAAGACUGCUACCACCCAUCUUUCAGUCUCUACCCUGCUGCCUUCUGGACAGCUGGCAGGAUUCUAAAAGACUGCUACCACCCAUCUUUCAGUCUCUACCCCGCUGCCUUCUGGACAACAGUUUCUAUCCAAGGGCCGGCCGGCUUCUGAAUGACCAUUUACAUGGACAGUUCUCACUAGCCACUUUACAUUGAUGCAUUUCUCACUAGUCACUUUACACACUGUCACUUUCAGCUACUGGUUGCACUAUCAGCAAUAUUGCACUAACUGUACCCCACUUGUCUUGGGUUAGUAUGAGUGUAAGGUUAGUAUAGGUCAUUAUCUGUAUUAGAGGUCUAAUAUAUUGUAUACUAUUUUGUAUAUUUAGGAGGUUUAUAAUUUAUCUUUUUUUUUUUAGCUUAUCAUAAAUGUAAUCUAAGUACUUAUAAUGUUAUGCCAGGUUGCUUUGCAUUGUCUUGUCCCAAAAAUGUCAGUGCCCAGUCUGACUUUGUGGUGUUCUAUGUACCUGACAAUAAGACUUGAAACGGAUGUCUAGCACUCCUUGUUUACAUAUCUAUAUAGAAAAUGAAGGAAUCAUUAUUGCCAACAACAAAAGGCAUCUUUGGGCUCUUCACUUUGUUUACCUGCCUCGUAUAAAACGUGACCUGAGGACUGCCAGAUACACGUCACCAUAUCAAAUGUUUGUGCGAGGUUGUCUUACACAACAGUUGCAACAUCACACUGGUAUCCAAGAUAUAUUUGGAGCAGCCAGUUCCAGGGGGUGGCUGACCAAGGGGCGGCUGCACUUGCCUUUGACUGGCUACAAAGAGUUGUGGUUCCCCUAAACCAAUUUCAACCAAGUUACGAACAGUUGGAACAUCUCAGGCAACACACAAAUUGUUUGGGUAGAAAUAGACAGUUUGGGAACUGAUCAGGUCCUCAAUAUCCUUUCUUAAAUACAGUUCACACACACAUAAUUUAACUGUUGUAAUCACAUUGUCAAUAGGCCUUGGAAUGAGUAAGCAGUCUCAAUCACGUCAAUGUAAUAAAGAUGAGCAGACCAUAUAAAAUUUAGUUUGUGUUUAAUGUUAUUGCAUUAUGUAACUACGCCUUUAAAAUCCAUCCAUUUAAACAGAACAAAACACGUGUUCAUGUAAGAUAAAAUUAACUUACGACUACAUUAAGUCCUCCCCAAACUGAUCUGCAGAACCUAUUCUAACCUAUUCCAAGAUACACCUUUUAAAGGUGUCAUAAGUCUCACCCACAGGUAAGUAGACUGCAGCGUAUCAUCCGCACUGCUGAGAAGGUGAUCGGCUGCAAUCUGCCUUUCCUCAA